GCUUUUUCUAAGAUAUCGUACACAGGCAGAUUGAAGAUAUCACACUCAACCGUCUUACCCAUACUUGCUCUGGCUGAUAAAUAUAAUGUUAAGGACCUAGUUGACACCUGUGGCAGAUACAUGAAGCUGCACGUGGUCUCGGCAUCUCAGCAGAAUUACCUGAUUGCGUGGCUUGAGUACACACUGACUUGUGGCCACUCGGAGAUCGCUCAGGUGUGCCUCAACCACCUCAAGUGGAAUUUCGAACAGGUGGCAGCGAGAGAAGACUUUGCUUCGUGUGACAUUGACCUCCUGACCACGGUCCUUGCGCAGCAUGACCUAGUUAUUCAUGAUGAGAUGACACUAUACAACAUCGUAGUGUCGUGGCUCCACCGGCAAGAGGAGCGACUGUCUCUGCCAACCCCAGUGGCUACCCCCGGUGAGCCACCCCCUUCCUUUGUGCCCCAGAGUAGUAGCUCAGCCCUGGAGGGUGUCUUCAUCCCUCCGCCACCCAUGUCCAUCACUCCGUCUUGCGGGAAGCUCUACCUCCGGCGGGACUCCACUGCCAGUUCUUGCACAGAUCCAGUUGAUCGCAUGGAGUGGCUCACGUAUGAGGUAAUGAAAUUCGUUCGGUUUCCCAUGAUGACACCGAGACAGCUUGCAGACCUGUUACUUGUCCCGCUGACUAUUAAGUACAAGGAAUUUUUUGUCACAAGAAUGGCCAUUGGGAUGUCGUUCCACUCAGGUAUGGGUGAUGUGGAGCAUCCCAAUAGGAAUGUUAUAAAAUGUGUCCAUAUUUGUAGCAAAAUAUAUAUUCCUUUUCUUUUGUUUCAGGGUGUUUGGUUUCGUAAGUUUUAUCUUAUUGUGUGGCAAGGCACAGUUGAAGUGCCAGAGGCUGUGUUGCGGACAGUGAGGCUAGCUGUCACGGCCAAAGAUGUGGAGUACGCCAGAGUGCGGAUUGCAGUGCUUGUCUUUGCUGUGCAGGAUGGCAUUGAGUACAUCGUCAAGGUUGUCUCCACCAAGUACAUCUUCUCGAGUGAAGACAACCUGCUCAACCUGGACGAUAUUCUUCCUUUCGACAGCUUGAAUGACCCUUUGGAAAGACAAAGAUACCUGCAGGAGCCAUGCGAAUCCCUCAAGAUACACAUAGUAAUUAGUCCCCUGACGGACCCAAAGUUGUCUGCCGCUGGAAUCACGUGAUGUGAACACUCGCAGGAAUAGGAAGUGUUUUAGCCAUUGUCUCAUGUAGCAUUUAUAUGAAAAUUAAAUUUGUUAAGGUUAUUGAUGACAAACUUCAGGGCUGAUAACCUAAUGACAAUAGGUGGUUAAGGCAUUAUAUAUAUUUUCAGCGGAUGCAUGAUUUCUCAAACGGCAAGUAAAUGCCUGUUGAGAUUAAUAGAGGUUUACAGUUCUUUAGGUUUCACAUAUUCUGAGUGGCUUUUGAGUGACAGGUGCUGUGAUAGAUUGGGAUUUGCAACUUCCACUGUCCUUGAAUUCUGAUUCUGAAAAAUAAAUGAAAACAAAUAGAUUGACAAUGUUUAUGCAAAACAAAAAUACUAAGAACAUAAGGUUGUCAGGAAAUAAACUUUUGCUGUGUUCAAGUUUUAUGCAUGUUUUUUGUUACAAGAAAUAAAUGAUAUGGCAUGUGUGUCAUAGCAUAGUUAAUCAUCUUGCUCAAUGUGUUCUGACUCUAGCAUCAUACCUUUUAAGUUUUCAGUUAUAUCAUGUUUCCCUUUUUUUCCUCUUUCUUUUUUUUCUAUUAGUCCGUCUGUUUGUUAAGCAUUAUUUGGUUAUAUUAUAAUUAGCAUUAUUAUUUUCUUCAUUUUAUUUUUUGUCAUUAUUUCUGAUUUGAUAUUUUGUCAAGGUUUCCAUUUUGGAUGUUUAUAUAGGCUUCUGUAUGUAUAUAUUGUUUUUAAUGAUAGGAUUGAAGUUGCUAUAUUUCUUAUAGCAUUUCAAUGUCUACUUUCUUCCAUAGCUAUGUAAAGAGCAAAUUUAAUUCCAUUUACAAAAGAAAUGCUUAUUUCUUUGAGUGUUUGUGUAACUAAAAGGACCAGGUUGAUUUGUUAAUGUUGGUGUAAGACAGUGCAUAAAAAAAAAAAUUAAAGUGGCUAUAUUUGGCUGAUCUGGAAGAGUAAACUGUGAUAAAAAAAAA